GGGGGAGCGUGAGGCGGCGGCGGCCCCACCCCGCCCGUCAGCGCCGGCCGCGCCAUGUGCCGCGCUGCCCGCCGCCUGCUCGUCGCCGGCCCCGCACGGUGAGGGCGCCGGGGGACACCCCGCCGCCGCGCCGGAGGUGUGAGAGAAGAGCUUUUUUUCUAAGUAACAAUAUUAUUUCAUGAAAGAAUAUUGAGGUUAUUAAAGAAUAUCAGAGGUCCUAAGGAGAGCAGAACCAGAUCUCAGCCAAAGCUUUGUCUGCAAAGAGGACCGGUUCAUCGCAGACUGGUUUUAAAGAAAAACAAAAUGAAGGAACUAGUGGCAAACAGUACAACCAAUAUAUCUCAAGCCAGGAAAGCUGUGGAGCAAUUAAAAAUGGAAGCAUACAUGGAUAGGAUGAAGGUAUCCAAGGCUGCAGCAGAUUUAUUGGCAUAUUGUGACGCUCAUAUUGGAGAAGAUCCCCUUAUUAUUCCAGUGCCUGCAUCUGAAAAUCCCUUUAGGGAGAAGAAACUCUUUUGUACUAUCCUUUGAGUCAGUUUUCAAUUAAAAAUGUCUUCUACUGAAAUUUGGUAUCAGUAUUGCACGCUUUUGGUUUUAGCUUUUUUUUUCCUUCAGAUAUCAAUAUUUAGCUUAUAAUUACAAUAUUUUUAGGAGGUAGUACAUUUUCUGGUAAAAUUUUUUUCAAAAAAUUCAAGGUAAUCCUUAUCUUUUGGACCAAUGUACAAGCUUAAUUUCAGUUCUUCAUAAAGAUCCUUUUGGUUUUAAUGGAGGCAUUGAGUACAGUAUCAAGUGGUAGAUAUCUUUGCCAGUCAUAGAUUUUUCUGAGACCUAAAUGAGUCAUACCAUUUAUUGAAGCUAUUUUUAACAUUCUUACUUUUCUUCGGUAGGUGAAUUUAAUUCAUUUGCCUUUACAAAUCUAUAUCUAAAAAGAGUAGUGUGACCUUUCGUGAAGUAGCACUAUUUAGGAAAAAAUCCCAGUGAUUUAUGAUGUUUGGAAUGAUUAGUCUUACAAAGUAAGUGGUGUUUAUAAAUAUGUUUUCUGAAGACUGUAAUAAACGACUACAGAAACUUAGUAAAGCAACAUUGUAACUACAGGAAAAAUGAAGAUGUAUAGUUGCACACCGGGAUUGCAUCAAUAAAACCGUAGAGAAACAUG